GCAGGAUCCGGAAACCUGGAGCCCUCAACCCCCCCAGGCCGGGGAUGGCCCCUGAGGUAGCCCCCGAAGAGCCAGGGGACCAGUCUCUCUCCUAGAUAUUCCAGCCCCCAGUGCCUGGCACAUCCCUUCACCUCCCACUCCAGGGCUGCCAUGGAGCUGAACGGGAAGAAGAAACUUCAUGCUCUUUCCUUGGCAGAGAAGAUCCAGGUGCUGGAGAUGCUGGAUGAAUCCAAGAUGUCCCAGUCAGAGGUGGCUCGUCGCUUCCAAGUCUCCCAGCCUCAGAUCUCCCGCAUCUGCAAGAACAAGGAGAAGCUGCUGGCUGACUGGUGCAGCGGGACGGCCAACCGGGAGCGGAAGCGCAAGCGGGAGUCCAAAUACAGCAGCAUCGACGAGGCCCUGCUGUGCUGGUUCCACAUCGCCCGCACCAAGAUGUGGGACGUCACGGGGCCCAUGCUGCUCCAGAAAGCCAAGGAGCUCGCGGACAUCAUGGGCCAAGAGUUUGUGCCUAGCAUCGGCUGGCUGGUGCGGUGGAAGCGCCGUAACAACGUCUGCUUUGGCCAGCGGCACCCGGCACGAGCAGUCCAUGCCCCGGAGCCCCCGUGCGACAAGGUGCCGGCGCCGGCUUCCCUCAGCCUGCCCCAGCUGCUGAAGGAUUUUGCCCCGGAGAAUGUUUUUGGCUGCGGGGAGGUGGUGCUGCUGUAUAAGGCCAUGCCGGGCAGGGAACGGGAGGGCAGGGAGCGGCUGUGCGUGGUGCUGUGCGUGAACGGGAGCGGCACAGAGAAGCGGAAGCCCGUGGUGAUUGGCAGGCGGCUGGCUCCGCGAUGUUUCUUUGGGGUCAACACGGAAGCUUUGCCGGUCCUUUACCGCAGCAGCGCCGAUGGUCAGCUGACACAGGAGCUCUUCUCAGAGUGGCUGACGGACUUUGACCGGGAGAUGGGCCGGCAGCACCGCAGUGUGGCGCUGGUGCUGGACGCUGAGCGGCGCUGUCCCAAUCCGGAGCCUGCCAACAUCCGCCUGGUCUUCCUACCCCCGCGGCCUCGCCAUGACGACGGCCCCUCGCCUUGCCCGCUCCAUCCUGAUAUCGUCCGGGAUUUCAAGUCCCGCUACAAGCGCAGGCUUCUGGGCAAAGUGUCCUCCAUCGGCAGCGAGACCAACAGCUCCCCCGCCUCCAUCGCCGCCUCCAUCACCGUGCUGGACGCCCUCCACAUGGUGGCGGCCGCUUGGGACAAAGUCCAGCCCUCCCUGGUGGAACGGUGCUUUGGGGAGGCCGGCUGCUCCAAGGGAAAGGGGUCCCUGGGGCCCCCCAGCCAUGCCCCCCCCAGGGGGAUGAGCCUGGAAGAAUUCCGGCGCUUUGUUGACGUGGAGACAGAGCUGGCCUGUCCCCCAGCCCUGCCCCCAGCUGGGACCUAUAAGGAGGAGGAAGAGGAGGAGGGGGAGGGAGAGGACCUUUUUGGCAGCCUGCCCACCAAGGCCGAUGCCCUGAAGGCCCUGGGGACCCUGCGGCGCUGGUUCGAGUGCAACGGCUCGGCCGAGGGGGUCUUCCAGCAGUUCUACAGCUGCGAGGAGGAGGUGGAGCGGCUGUGCUGCCAGUGAGCUCCCAACUCCCCAUACUGCCCCCGGCGGCCUCCCAACGCUGGAGCAUGGAGGGGCUGGUGGCCCUGUACCCCACCAACUCAAUGCUUGGAGAGCAGGAUUCCAGCCCAAUCCCCCAGUGCCUGAGUGCUGGGGCACUGGGGGGCUGGAGUCAUGCCCCAGUUCCCUACUGGGGGGCACUAGAGGGACUGGAUUCAUGCCCCUAUUCUCUGCCAUGGCCUCUGAGAGCUGGUUCUGGGGGAGACGAAUUGGGGACCUGCCCUUUUCUUUCUUCUGGGUGCAUCUUUAUGGGCGUAUAAAGAUCUGAAAGAGCCCACAUUACUAGUUACUGCUAUUACCACCCCCUCAGCAGGAUCCUCAACCAAAAAUGUUCCACUGGCAAUUCUGGGGUGCCCCCCUUUCAAGGCUGUCCUGCUAGUCACCACCCCAAAAGGGGCCAGGCCUCUUCAGAAGGGGGGCUUGAGUCAGGCUCCUGUCAUCCUAAUGGAAUCACAAAUACUGCAACACUCCCGAGUCGGGCUUGGAAACUUUUGCCCACAGAACUGCACUUCUGCAGGAAAUAAAUCCAGGGAAGAAAGAAAGGAGGAGUUUAAUUUUGACAGUUUCCCUCCCAAUUGUUUGAGCACUAGGGCAUUCAACAAAAACAAACAAAACCAACCCCCCUGAAAGCGAUAGCAACACCAGCCUGAUUGGGGAGAACAGCCCCCCGCAUUAAAUGGAUUUCCUUUCUAGGCACCUUAUCCUCCUUCAGCUUCCCAGGGAUCCAAGGAAAGGGAGGAAGAGAAGUGAUGUUCUAAUGUGAGGUAGUACACCACCCCAGAGCCAGCAGCCUCUGAUCUUUGGAUGGGAAGAUUUAACUUCCAUGGCUGCAGAGGUGAACAGAAGUAUGGGCCAGGGGUAGGGCACUGGCCUGGAAGUCAGGACUCCUGGAUCCUAUUUCUAGCUCUGGGAGGGGAGUGGUGUCUAGUGGU